CCUCCUGACUGUGCACACCAUCACCACUGCCACUCCUCCUCCUCCUCCUUCUCCUCACCCGCAUCCCUCGUGAUGAAGCUGGUCACAAUGCUAGCUGCUGCGGCAGCCUUGACUGCCACAACACUCGCCAAGGACUUCACGCCCGAGCGUCUCAUCACCGCCCCUCGGCCAUCUUCCGACUUCCAGGUCUCGCCAGACAAGACACACUUCCUCCUCCCCGUAUCUCACUCCCACCUCGAUGGCAGCCCCUCUACUCAUGAGUUGUACGUGUACCAGGUCCCUCAGAACACCGUCCUGGAUCAAAGUAGCCAGUCACACCUACGCUCUCAAGACAAGGCGAUCGUCCUCCCGGGCAUCUCUUUCGCAACGUGGCUCGAUGAUGAGCACAUCGUCUUCGUCAACGGCUCGCACAUCUACUCGGCUCCACUCAAGUCACCCUCUGAGACGCAGAAGCUGGCUUCUCUCCCAGCUCCGAUCGCCGAAGACUCGCUGAAAAUCGUUUCUACAUCCUCCAAGGGCGAGAAGAGGCUUCUGUUCACAGCAGAGGUCUACCCGGACGGCACUCUCGAGGGCGUUGGUAAAGUCGAGACGGCCGCUCACGAGGAAGAGUGGGGUCGAGCAAAGGUGUACGGAGGUGAUAACGGUGCCUUCUUCAGACACUGGGAUCAGUGGGUGAGACCGGGCAAGCGUUCCCAGAUCUUCACUACUAUCCUGAGCGCGCCGAAGAAGGCUGGAGACUCGUGGACGCUGGCUCACGACAGUUUCACCAAUCUGCUCAAAAGGACGGAGGUCAACACUCCUAUUCCGACAUUUGGCGGUAAUGGAGACUGGGAUGUCAGUGAAGAGGGCGUGAUCUUCAUCACCAAGGCCUUGGACUUGCCUCAGGCAUGGCAUACCAAGUCCGACGUGUACUACGUCUCCUUCAAGUCUGGCCACCUCGAGCUCCUAUCCGAAGGUCAACACGGCGCUGUUGCCGCUCCACGUUUCUCUCCCGACGGCGAGAUGGUGGCUUGGCUUCAGAUGGCUAAGGACGGCUUCGAGUCUGACCGAAGAGUUCUGCAGAUCUAUGACCUCAAGACUAGGAAGCAUAAAUCGCUUUGCCAGGAUUGGGACCGCUCGCCUUCUGACGUCAUCUUCUCAGCCGAUGGCAACAAGAUCUAUCUGAUCACGGAAGACUACCAGCAAGUGAAAGUGUUUGUCACUGAUCUUUUGCAGGGUGGCAAGGAUGUGACCAGCGCUGUUGAGCUCCCUCGCGGAUCUGUGUCGAGCUUCGUGCCGCUCUCAAAGGAUGUUGCCUUGGUCGCGUCUUCUUCCCACAGGUCCUUGACGGAGAUCUACUUAUACCAAGACUACAACAAGUCUCUUUACCCGCUGACCUGGUUUACAGGCAGUGAGGAAUCGAGUCUGAAGUCUGUAGAGUGGGGACGGGAGCCCGAAAUGUUCCACUAUCCCUCCCCCGACUUCGAGCAUGAAGACCGCCAUGGCUGGAUCCACUACCCACGUGGGUAUUCCUCCAAGGGUCACGGCAAGAAGAAGUGGCCUCUGCUCGUGCUCAUUCACGGUGGGCCAGAAGGAGCCUGGACUGACUCCUGGUCCUUCCGAUGGCACCCGGAAGUCUUUGCCGCGGCGGGUCACGUGGUCGUCACCCUCAACCCGACCGGCAGCACAGGCUUUGGACAGCGCUACCAGGAUCGCAUCUUGAACAACUGGGGAUCAUUCCCCUACCGGGACAUCAUUGCUGGUGUGAAGCACGUGCUCAAGAGGGAAGAGGCUGGGGUAGAUGCAGAGCGCGUAGCAGCAGCCGGCGCUUCUUACGGAGGGUACAUGGUCAACUGGAUCCAAGGUCACAACGAUGACGGUCUCUUCAAGGCCCUCGUCUGCCACGACGGCAUCUUCAACAUCAUGACUGGCGCCUUCUAUCCCGCCGACGAGCUCUAUUUCCCCGAAUCCGAAAACGGACCAGGACUACCUUGGGAUCUCUCUGCACGAGCUGUUUACCAGCAAUUCUCCCCCGAGGCACAUACAGCAAAGUGGAAUACACCACAAUUGAUUGUGCAUGGGGCAAAGGACUUUAGACUUGUGGAGAGUGAAGGAGUGGCUGCUUUCAAUACUCUGAGGAGACGGGGGGUAGACACGAGAUUGCUGUACUUUGAAAAGGAGGGACAUUGGGUCAACGACCCACGCAACUCCCUCAAGUGGCACCAGGAGAUUUUCGCCUGGGUGGAAAAAUACACUGGCAGUGGUCCGCAAGAGGUUAGGGGCAGCAGCAGCUCUGCUUCUCUCCACGGCAACGAGAGUGAGAGUGGGGCACAUGAGAAGGUGGACGACAAUGUGGGCGAGAGCGAGGAACAGUCUGGAGCUGGUUUGUACUUCCAGUGAUGAGAAAAUAAGAUGGCGUUGGAGGCAGGACGCAACGUCCGUCCAAAAAAAGGGAGGGUGGUAAGCUCUAGUCAAAAGAAGGAAAGAGUAAAGGUCUGACAAUGAUUUGAAGUACACCGUUGGAAGUGA